ACACCUCCUCUCAUACAACCUCCCAGCAUCCCGGCAGGCAGAGCAGACAGGGUCGCUGCUCGCUUAGAGGCAAAGCUUCGAGGCCGAAGAGAGACGAGACUGAUAUUUAGGAGAAGAUUAGGAAACAAACGGCAGAGAGCUUUUUGCUCUGUACAGAUCAACAGCUGGGCUUGCCUGUGAUGCGCUUGGCAGACGACAAAACAUCACCCAACGAAGCAAUGAACUACGGAGCCGCCUGCAUUUUCCUGCGUGGAGGGAAGAACAUUUCCAGAGAACUGGCUGAUGAUGAGAUUGAUGAGCUGCGUGAUGCUUUCAACGAGUUUGAUAAGGACAAGGAUGGGCUGAUCAGCUGUAAGGACCUGGGGAACCUGAUGAGGACGAUGGGCUACAUGCCCACUGAGAUGGAGCUGAUUGAGCUGGGCCAGAACAUCAAUAUGAACCUCGGUGGCAGAGUCGACUUUGACGACUUUGUAGACCUAAUGGCCCCGAAGCUUUUGGCCGAGACAGCUGGGAUGAUUGGCGUGAAGGAGCUCAAAGAUGCCUUUAAGGAGUUUGACGUGGACGGAGAUGGAGUGAUCACAACAGAGGAACUACGGUCAGCCAUGAUAAAAUUAAUGGGAGAGCACAUGAGCCGAAGAGAGAUCGAUGCCAUAGUUAAAGAAGCAGAUGACAACGGAGACGGAACUGUAGACUUCGAAGAGUUUGUCAGAAUGAUGUCCCGCCAGUGAUGGCCAUCAACGAAGCCAAUCAAUCAAGUUUAUUUGCGUCUCUGCAAACAUGCAUUAAUACUGAUGUUGUCUUUCUCUGAAGCUCUUUGACAAAUCAACUUAUGCAUAUUCAAAAAAAACAUGUAAUACAUUUAAAACUGUAAUUAAGUGCUGUGAAGAAACACGAAGCAAUAUCAAGCUGUUCUCAGAGAGAAUUUUAGAGCUAUGCAAAGACCGAUUAUCGUGCAAUGACUUUUUUAAAGUAAAGGCAAAAGUCUGUAAACAAAAGAAAGUGUAUUAUUUUAGUUGCUGAUGUGUAUUGAAUGUACAAGAAGUCAUUUUGGAUUGGUUUGUUGAAUUUAAUUUUCAGGAGUGUAUUUAUCGGAACAUAUUUAUAACAUAUUUAUUGUUCUGACAGUAUUGCAUCAUUCUAAUCACUGAAACAAUGUUACAAUACAAGUAAGAUAUAAGAUUAACACUUAUGCUACUACUGUAUUUAUGGAUGUAUACAAUAUUUAUUGUGGGCUUGUUGCAAUGUGUAAUUUGCAGGUUCACAUUCUUGAAUGAAAUCCAGCAAGUUAAAUUCUAAUAAUGGGAAUCUGCCUUUUAUUGGCAAAUAACAAAAUAAAAAAUCCAAAUAUCUGUAAA